CAGAAGGCGCCGUCUCGCUCUGCCUAGUGUUUAUUUAUUUAGCUAAUUUCGGAAGGCUCAUGUGGUGUAUAUAGAGCGUGAUGGAAGUGAACAGGGAUGAAGCGGAAAGGUGCAUCGAUAUUGCAGUUAAAGCAAUAAAGAGUCAUGAAGCUGACAAAGCGAAACGGUUUUUAGAAAAAGCACAGAGACUCUUUCCGACGGACAAGGCACACGCAUUGUUGGAGUCUCUGCAGCAGAAUGGACAUGCGUCCAAUCACAGCAGUUCUGCAGGAGACGGUGAGAGUCCAGAGGAAAACCAGUCCAGUGCUAAUAACCAUAGUGCUGCAGAGGAGAAGAAAUCUGAAUCAGCCAAAGCAUAUACUACAGAACAAGCAGAUGCUGUGAGAAGAAUAAAACAAUGUAAAAACUACUAUGAGAUUCUCGGGGUGCAGAAAGAUGCAUCAGAUGAUGACCUGAAAAAGGCGUAUAGGAAACUGGCCCUGAAGUUUCACCCUGAUAAAAACCAUGCACCUGGUGCUACAGAAGCUUUUAAAGCUAUUGGGACUGCGUACGCCGUGCUGUCCAACCCGGAGAAGAGGCGUCACUAUGAUCAGUAUGGGGAGGUGAGAAGCUGCGCUGGUAGACGAAGGCACUCCGAGCGAGACUUCCAGCCUGAUAUCUCCCCAGAGGAUCUAUUUAACAUGUUCUUUGGAGGAGGAUUUCCCUCUAGUAACGUUCACAUGUACAACAACGGGCGAGCACACUUUAGCCAACAGCGUGGUGCAAGAAGGGAAGAAAGAGGUGGUGGUUUGGCUCUCUUCGUCCAGCUCAUGCCCAUCCUCAUCCUUGUUAUUGUGUCCACUCUCAGCCAGAUGAUGGUGGCUGACCCUCCUUACAGCCUCAACUACAGACCGUCUGUAGGUCACACACAGAAGCGACUGACUGAGACCCUGCAUGUGCCGUACUAUGUGACGGAGCGUUUCAGUCAGGAGUACAGCGGCAUGAGUCUGAGACAGGUGGAGCGCAGCGUCGAGGACCACUACAUCUCCAACCUCCGCAACAACUGCUGGAAGGAGAAACAACACAAGGAGGGUUUGCUGUACCGUGCACGCUAUUUUGGUGAUAGUGACCUCUAUCAGAGAGCUCAGAGAAUGGGCACCCCCAGCUGCUCCAGAUUGGCAGAGGUUCAGACUUCUGUCCACUGAUAAACCAGCACGAUCAUGGCAGGUGUAAAAUUGACUCCCUGUUAAAAUGGUGGCAAACUGGUGACUUUCAGCCAAAGGAGAGGGGGGUGUGUGUGUGUGUGUGUGUGUGUGUGUGAGAGAGAGAGGGGGAGAGAAAGCGAUAUCCAUGUUGAAGGAUUCUCUUGUAAGGGUUUGUAAAGGAAAGGAUCUUUUUCCUGCCCUUUACAGACCUGUGCUACACCUCAGUUAAGAAAUUAUCCUAUCGUUUUAGAGAUAUGAAAUGUAUUUAAUUCCCUUCAGGCUGAAAUAUGUGUUUAGAUCUUUAUCUGGUUCCUUUUAGACCAUGAUCUAGUCACUUUGUAUUAAUUUAUAUAAUUGUACAUUUGAGAUUUAGCUAUGCAGGAGUUUAUUGAUUGUCACAUGUUAAAUAAGCAUUAAUAAGUGCUCUAUACACUUUAAGUUAUUCCACGAAAGCGAGUCGUACAUGAGCCGAUAGCCGACGAGGCACGUAGCACCGAUUUGGCUAUAAGCCAUGUAUGAUGAGAUUGAGUGGAAUAACUGUUUUUUAUUCUAUCCACAUUCACUGGAUUUUGAGAAACGGAGCAUUUUUUUUUUUCAAAUUCAAUAAAUAAAAACUUUUAUACAAAACGUCCGUCAAAACAAUUUCCACCUAGAAUGUAAACAAAACCGUGCAAUGACGGUAGCAAUUUGUGAAAAAUGCUAUCAUUCUUGAAAAAUAAAGAUACAUUCUUACCAUCAAGUACUUUUUAUUCCAUAUUUUGUUGCUUUUUUUGGGGGGGGGUUGAGUAGUUUUUAUUUCGUCUUCGGUUGGUUCAGCAACACGUGCCACCAUUUUGUUUUUCUCUACUCACGGUGUGCGAGCUGAUAGCCUAGUAGUAGAGUAGCCAAUCAGAGCAUGCAAUUGCUCAUAUCCAGUGAAUGUGGAUAGAAUAAUAACCUUUAUCUUCACAACUAGAAUUUACGCAGCUCUGUAGUGAAGUAACAUUUAUUCAAGGAUCAGGACAUUUUUAAAAUAUCUAAUAUAAAUUUGGAAUGCUGAUUAAACAUCUGUAGCAAUGCUUCUCUGGAUGACAACGGAACAAUAAAAUCCUAUAUGCCACUCUUCAA